AAAUAAACGUAAAACGCGCAAUGAAAACAAGAAAGAAGCAGAAGUUAAAAAUGUUAGUUCGGAUCAAGCUAAAAUUGUCACCGAAAAGGAUCCUGCGAAGAAAAACAAACGAAAAACGCGUAAUGAAGAUAAGAACGAAACUAAGAAAAAACAUUGUGUCACCAAAGGUAGUCAACUCGAAAACCUACAAGAGCCUUCCUCGUCAUCUCAAGCUGAAUUACCAACGAACAUGGAUGUACAAGAGAUUCCUCCUUCAAAACCUGCUGUUGAUGGAUCCUCUAACACAACGCUAUCGAAUGCCAAUUACUACAAAUGUGACCAGUGUAGAAAAACAUUCAAUGUAAAGUCACACUUGGAGAAACACCUACAGUCUCACGUUGCACUGGAAAAGGCUAAAACACUUAGCACUGGGAAGGAAUUCACGUGUAAAAAAUGCAGUAGCACAUUUGAUACUCGACUGCUUCUACUGGAGCAUGCGAAGAGCCGGCAUGGCGGGAACUACUUCACUUGCUCUGAAUGUGAGUAUGCGACUAGUUACAAAGGAAAUUUACAGACACAUCUGAGGACUCAUACUGGCGAGCGGCCAUUCAAAUGCGGUCAGUGUAGCGCCGCCUUUACCCAAAACAGUGCUUUACAAAGUCACAAGAGAACACACACUGGAGAUAAACCGUACAAAUGUGGUCAGUGUAGCGCCGCCUUUACCCAAAACAGUGCUUUACAAAGUCACAAGAGAACACACACUGGAGAUAAACCGUACAAAUGUGGUCAGUGUAGCGCCGCCUUUGCCUUCAGCAGUGCUUUACAAAGGCACAAGAGAACACACACUGGAGAUAAACCGUACAAAUGUGGUCAGUGUAGCGCCGCCUUUGCCGACAGCGGUAAUUUACAAAGUCACAAGAGAACACACACUGGAGAUAAACCGUACAAAUGUGGUCAGUGUAGCGCCGCCUUUGCCGACAGCAGUGCUUUACAAAGGCACAAAAGAACACACACCGGUGAAAAACCUUACAAGUGUGGUCAAUGCAAUGCUGCCUUUGCCCAUAGCGGUCAUUUACAACAGCACAAGAGAACACACACUGGUCAGAAACCCUUCGAGUGUAAUAUCUGUGACUACAAGGCUACUCAGUCAGGUACUCUAAAGAAUCAUCUAAUGUCUCGGCACUCUGGCCAAAAGCCGUACGGCUGCAACUCGUGCACUUACAGGGGUGCUACGAGAUGUCACUUAACAAUGCAUAUGAAAACACACCGUAAACCGGCUUAGUUUUGUUAUAUUUUUUAUUUACGAGUUCAAACCGAAAUGUCAUACUUAACCCUUCGAAUGCCUUGUCCCGUAUACGUCACAGACAAUUUUCAAGG